AUGAGAGAGGAAAUGUCAUUAGGACGCCAGGAGGCCUUUGAAAUCUUCAAGAGGGACCACGCUGACAGCGUGACCAUCGAAGACAACAAACAGAUUCUGAAGCAGAGAUUUUCUGAAGCAAAGUCCCUGGGAGAAAAUAUAAAUGAAGCAAGAAGUAAAAUCGGUCACCUGAAGGAAGCAAUCACCCAGCGGCAUCUGCAGCAAGCAGCUCUAGGUGUCACAGAGAACAUGCCCGCGCCCGCGGUGCCAGACCUGCACGAAGAGAAGCUGCGAUCACAGCUGGAGGAGGAAAAGAGAAGGUAUAAAACCAUGUUCACGCGCCUAAAGGCCCUGAAGGUGGAGAUCGAGCACCUGCAGCUGCUCAUGGACAGAGCCAAGGUGAAGCUGCAGAAGGAGUUUGAGGCCUGGUGGGCAGCGGAGGCCAGCAGCCUGCAGGUGGACCCUCCGGCAGGGAACUCACCCAGCCACACGCAGCCGCUCCCACCCAGGCCCGGAUCCCAGCACGAGAGGCCCCCACUUCUCUCUAACCAAAGGGCUGUGUAUACCAGGAAAAUCCUGCCCUCGCCUCGCCCCAUCCUGCCCAGCCCAGAGGAGACGGGCACUCGUGCCUCCCUGGACGACAGCAUCCCCGAGAAGCGGGCCUCUUCCGUCCCCCUCACCGGAGACAGCCAGACGGAUUCCGACAUCCUGGCAUUCAUCAAGGCCAGACAGAACGUUCUGCAGAAGAAAUGGAUGGACCCCUCCCGGCAGUACCCGCUGUGGUACAAGAACACAGUGUCCCUGUGGAUCCUCUUCGGGAUGGCGUGGCUGGCCCUGAUCAUCAAACUGAUCCUCUCCCUGAUGGAGACCCGGGGGAGAUCAUAUUCCUGCUACCACCACAGCUCCAAGGGCGACUUCAAGCCCCGAAGCUGGAGGCAGGGCCCAGAGGGAGAGGCAGAGCGCCACUCCCCACGGCCAGGCUGCUACCCGGAGGGGCCUGGGGGAGCCAGGCAGCCUUGGGAACCCUCGACUCAGGUCUCACGCUGUGGAAAGGAGAGCUAG